AAUAAAAAGCAGUACUUAUCCUUGUCUCAUCAUUUAUUAGCAUUACGUAUCUCGUCUUUUUCAUACCACACUAAUGAUAUCAUUUAUGGUGCAGCUCGGCAAUGCCUAUAAAUAGCUCAGGUCGCUCUUCUCAUUCAUUCAUCUCAUUCUUAUCUUUCUACACUUUCGAUUGAAGCAGGAGUCUGGGAGUUUCGAGGAUUGUAUGGAUAUGGAGCAGGAAAUGAACAUUGAGAGGGAAGAGUACGUGGACUGGAAAGGGAGAGAGGUGCAACCAGCAAAGCACCAUGGCACAAGAGGUGCUACUUUUGUUUGUGUGGUGGAGGUAUUGGAAAACAUGGUGUUCCUAUCGAUUGCGUCGAACUUGGUCACUUACUUCCAUUAUUCAAUGCAUUAUCCACUUGGGAAGUCCUCCAACAUGCUAACAAAUUACAUGGCUACAUCUUUCCUCCUCACCUUACUUGGGGCCUUCAUCUCUGAUACUUUCCUCACUAGGUUCUGUACCAUGGUUCUCUUUGGUUCCAUAGAACUUACUGGACUAGUAACAUUGACAAUCCAAGCUCACUACAAGGCGCUCCAGCCGCCCCCAGGAAGAAGGCCAUCGCCCCCACAAGCCAUCAUGCUAUAUGCAGGUCUGUAUGCAAUGGCUGCAGGAGUAGGCGGUGUGAAGGCCUCCUUGCCAGCACAUGGUGCCGAUCAGCUGGACCGCUCAAACAAGAAGCUAGUGUCCACUUUCUUCAAUUGGUACUUCUUCUCUCUGUGCAUGGGUGGCCUAUCAGCAGUUACCAUUUUGGUCUGGAUCCAAGAGAAUAGAGGUUGGCAAUGGGGCUUCGGAAUAUCCGCUGGCGCCUUAUGUUUGGCGCUCCUCGUGUUUGCAAUUGGAUUCCCAUUUUAUCGGCACAAAAUUCCCAGUGGUAGCCCAUUAACCAGGAUUUUUAAGGUGUUUCUAUCUACAAUAAGGCAUUGGAACACUCCAGCGCCAGUGACGAACGGGCAUGGACUUGAAGGGAGAAGUAAAAGAAAGUUCAGGCAAGAAUUUCAUUUUCCCUUUCUCUUCUUUUGUAUGUUCAGCACAUUUCUUUGGUGGACUCACAGGUUCUUGGACAAGGCCACAAUGGAUGAUGGCAUUAGUAGAACCCAAGUGGAGGAAACUAGAUCAUUCCUUCGGCUCCUUCCAAUCUUCGCAAGCACGAUCAUGAUGAACUGUUGCCUAGCCCAGCUCCAGACGUUCUCAGUCCAUCAAGGAAUGACGAUGGAUCAGAAGCUCUUUGGCAAUUUCCAAAUCCCCCCAGCUUCGCUUACUGCAAUUCCUCUCAUUAUCAUGCUUGUCUUGGUAGCCUUAUAUGAACGGCUCAUUAUCGUCAUGGCUAGGAAGCUGUUGCAGAAGGAUUUCGUGUACCCACCUCUCCAACGGAUCGGUCUCGGCCUUGUUCUUGCAUCAAUGUCGAUGGCUGUGGCCGCAAUAGUCGAAAUUAAGAGGCGGGCCGCUGCAGAGGAGUCAGUUACCAUUAGCAUCUUUUGGCUCGGGUGGCAGUACUUUCUACUAGGCAUGUCGGAUAUGUUUACACUAGCCGGUAUGAUGGAGUUCUUCUACUCUGAGGCACCUAGUACAAUGAGGAGUGUGUGCACGGCGUUGUCUUGGUGCUCAACGGCUAUGGGGUAUUUUUUGAGCUCACUGCUUGUAUGGAUUGCCAACUCGGUGAGUGGACGGUUCGGAUCAGGUGAGUGGUUGGGCGGGAAUGAUUUGAACAGUAGUCGUUUGGAUCUCUUUUAUGCUCUUCUCUCUGUUAUGAACUUUGUUAACUUCUUGAAUUACCUGUUUUGGGCGAGAUGGUAUUAGGAUUUGAGAACAUCGGUAGUUUGGUCAUUUGAUGCAGCAAGGUAGUUGGGUGGUUGAUGCAUAUCAGCUUUUUGGAGGGAAAGAUUGUCUUGUAUGGCUGUUCAAAUUUACAUGUUGCAUGUGUGUGA